GAUUCCUGGCCGCACUGAAGGAGGCAGGCCUUGUGAAACUCGCUUGUGAAGGCCAAGGAGGCUAUAAUUAUGGCAUCAAGUACUAAGAUUACCAAGUUCCUCAACCGCUUGGCUCAGGAGAAAUCGCCCUAUCUCCUCCAACAUGCUUCCAACCCAGUCGAUUGGUACCCGUGGGGUCAAGAAGCGUUCAAAAAAGCCAAGGAACAGAACAAGCCAAUCUUCUUGUCUGUAGGCUACUCCACAUGUCACUGGUGUCAUGUGAUGGAAAGAGAGUCGUUUGAGAGUGUAGAGAUUGGACAAUUACUCAACCAGAGCUUUGUGAGCAUCAAGGUGGACCGAGAGGAGAGACCGGAUGUGGACAAGGUCUACAUGACAUUCAUACAGGCCACACAGGGUGGAGGGGGUUGGCCUAUGAGUGUGUUUCUGACCCCUGACCUCAAGCCGUUUGUAGGGGGGACUUACUUCCCCCCCAAGGACACCCUUGGUCGUCCUGGAUUCACCACUCUACUGAAGAAUAUCGCUGAGCAGUGGAAGAGCAACCAGGACCGUAUAGUUCAGCAAGGUUCCAAGGUGAUUGAGGCCCUCUCUCAGGCAGUGUCGUCCUCCCACUCCCCAGACACCUCCCUCCCGGGUGCAGGGUGUGUUCAACGUGGCUACAACACUCUGGAGGAAAGGUUUGACUCCACCCACGGCGGAUUCGGGAGAGAGCCAAAGUUCCCACAGCCAGCCAUUAUCAACUUCUUGUUGUGUGUGUACGGUCGCUAUCCCUCUUCUCCAAUGGGUGAGGGUGCUCGAGACAUGACCCUCGCCACUCUCAGGGCAAUGGCCAACGGAGGGAUUCACGACCAUGUGGCACAGGGGUUCCAUCGCUACUCGACUGACAGAUUCUGGCAUGUGCCCCACUUUGAGAAGAUGUUGUACGACCAGGCCCAACUCACAUCCAUAUACAGUGCAGCCUAUCAGAUCAGUAAGGAUGAGUUCUUUGCAGACACAGUGAGGGACAUUGUACUGUACGUCUCAAGAGACCUCAGAGACAAGGACGGUGGUUUCUACUCUGCGGAGGAUGCGGACUCUUACCCCAGUGAAGGCUCUGAGGCCAAGAAAGAGGGGGCCUUCUGUGUGUGGAGCCAUGAGGAAAUAGCCUCCAUCCUCACUGACACCCUCCCUGGAGAUAAGACCACUGCAGAGCUGUUCUCUCAUCACUAUGGGGUGGAGCCUCAGGGAAAUGUGUCAUCAGUAAAAGACCCCCAUGGUGAGUUGAAGGGGAAGAAUGUGUUGAUUGUGCGAGGGUCGCUGGAGAAAACAGCUGUUGAGUUCUCUCUGGAGGUCUCUCGAGUGAAGCAGCUGUUAAAGGAGUGCAGGGAGAAACUGUACGAUGUACGGCAGGGAAGACCACGCCCACACAGGGAUGACAAGAUACUCACAGCCUGGAAUGGACUCAUGAUAUCUGGACUGUCCCACUCAUCCAUGGCCCUGGGGGACCACACCCACCUGGAACUGGCCAGAGAGGCAGCUGGCUUUAUCAGACGCAGCCUGUAUAGAGAGGACACUGGAGUGCUCAUUAGGAACGCCUACAGGGACAACUUAGGUACCCUUGGUGUGGGUAGCAUUGAUGGAUUUGCUGACGACUAUGCCUACUUGAUCAGAGGAUUACUCGAUCUGUACGAAGCCAGUCACGAGUCAUCAUGGUUACAGUGGGCAUGGCAACUACAGGGUAAGAUGAAUGAACUGUUCUGGGACUCAGAGGGCGGUGGUUAUUUCACGGCCACGUCACAUGAUCCCAGCAUUCUCAUCAGAAUGAAGGAAGAUCAAGAUGGAGCAGAGCCAAGCCCCAACUCAGUGGCCGCAUCCAACCUCCAACGUCUCUCGGCCUACUUGGGCAGGCCUGUUGACCCGAGCCCUGAGGCAAUCUACAAGACCUUCAAUGAGAUGAUGAGUCAGCACCCUGUGGCCAUACCAGAGCUACUAGCUGCAUUCAUCCAUCACUCCAGGACUACCAAACAGAUCAUCAUAGCUGGUAAGAAGAGUUCGCCAGACACCCAGGCCCUGCUAGAGGUCGUCAACUCGUGCUAUAUCCCCCACAAGAUCCUCAUCCUUCAUGAAUCAGGGUCAAACACAUUCCUAAUACAGCACCUGCCAGAAAUCGAGUCCAUGGUUGCUAUUGACAACAAGUCCACGGCUUACGUAUGUGAGAACUUCACCUGUGCUGCACCUGUUAACGAACCAGACAAACUUAGGAAACUGUUACAAUUAUAGUAGAAUCUAGUCUCUUGUAAAUAUUUCUGUGUUUGUAUACCAGUAUAAUAUUUAUGAAUAAUGCUAUUUGCAAAUAAAAAGAUGUUAUGAUGCCAAUAUAAA